AUGUUUGCUUUCUUGCUUUCUGGCGCUACAAGCAACGUCCUCAAGCAUGAGGAGAAGGCCUUCCUUGCCUACAUGCGUGAGACAGGCAACUUCUUCACAGGCGAUGAGUACCAUUUCCGCCUUGGCAUCUACCUUGCCAACAAGCGUCUUGUUCAGGAACACAACGCUGCUAACAAGGGCUUCAAGCUUGGACUCAACAAGCUCGCUCACCUUACACAGUCCGAAUACAGAUCUCUUCUUGGUGCUAAGAGACUCGGACAGAAGUCUGGCAACUUCUUCAAGUGCGAUGCUCCAGCCAACGACGCUGUCGACUGGCGUGACAAGGGCAUUGUCAACAAGAUCAAGGAUCAGGGUCAGUGCGGCUCCUGCUGGGCUUUCUCUGCCAUCCAGGCCUCCGAAUCCCGCUAUGCUCAGGCUAACAAGCAGCUCCUCGAUCUCGCCGAACAGAACAUCGUUGAUUGCGUUACAUCCUGCUAUGGCUGCAACGGUGGCUGGCCAUCCAAGGCUAUCGACUACGUUGUCAAGCACCAGGCUGGCAAGUUCAUGCUCACAGCUGACUACCCAUACACAGCUCGCGAUGGCACAUGCAAGUUCCAUGCUUCCAAGUCUGUCGGUUUAACAAAGGGCUACGAUGAGGUUAAGGACACAGAGGCUGAACUCGCUAAGGCUGCUUCCAAGGGUGUUGUCUCCGUCUGCAUCGAUGCUUCCCACUACUCCUUCCAGCUUUACACAUCUGGCAUCUAUGAUGAACCAUCCUGCUCUGCCUGGAACCUCGAUCACGCUGUCGGCCUUGUUGGCUACGGCACAGAGGGCUCAAAGAACUACUGGAUCGUCCGCAACUCCUGGGGCACAUCUUGGGGUGAGCAGGGCUACAUCCGCAUGAUCAAGGACAAGUCCAACCAGUGCGGCAUUGCUUCUGAAGCUAUCCUUCCAAAGGCUCUCUAA